AUGUCGUUCGCCAGGUCCGCCGCCGCACCCGUCCGAUCGGCCGUCAGGAGCGCCGCCGUCCAGCAGCGCUCCUUUUCCACUGCAAAGGCCGGCAGCAUCAACGUCGCCGCCGCUGACGAUGGUGCGCUGACCUCGGCCGUCACUGUCGCCAUCAAGGCCGGCUCCCGGUACGAGUCGGUCCCCGGUGUCGCCCACGUCCUCAAAAACUACCUCUUCAAGUCCAACGACAAGCGCUCCGCCCUCCGCCUCGUCCGCGAGGCCGAGUUCUACGGCGGCGUCCUCUCCACCGCCCUCACCAAGGAGCACCUCAUCCUCACCGCCGAGUUUCUCCGAGGCGACGAGGACUUUUUCGUCGAGAUCCUCGGCGACGCCGUCUCCAAGAGCAAGUUUGCCCCGCACGAGUUCUACGAGGAGGUGAUGCCCCAGGUCGUUGCCGAGCACCUCCAGGCCUCGGCGUCGCCCGAGGUCCUCGGCCUCGACGCUCUGCUCCAGACGGCCUACCGCCAGCGCGGCCUGGGCGCGUCGCUCUUUGCCUCGCCCGCCACGCCCGUCUCGCACAAGGACACCGUCGCCUUUGCCAAGGGCGCGUUCGCCAAGAACAACAUCGCCGUCCUCGGCAGCGGCAUCGAGUCGGGCAAGCUGUCGAGCCUCGUCUCGAAGCACUUUGGUGGCCUGGCCGAGAGCGCCUCGGUCUCGGCUGCGCCCGCCAAGUACUUUGGCGGCGAGCAGCGGAUCGCCUUUGUCGCCCCGCACGGCGCCGAGGAGACGCGGGCAUCGCUGGGCCACUUUGUCAUCGGCUUCGAGGGCGCGGGCCACCAGGACGCGUCGGCGUCGGCCGAGCUGGCCGUGCUGCGCUCGCUCCUGGGCGGCGAGUCGUCGAUCAAGUGGAGCCGGGGCACAUCGCCGCUGUCGCAGAUUGCCGACAAGGUGGCCGGCGCCGAGGCCCGGAGCUUCAACCUGACGUUCAGCGACAGCGGCGUGUUUGGCGUCCACGUCUCGGCGCCGCACGCCCGGGUGCUCGAGGCGACCAAGGCGGCGACCAACGCCUUCAAGGAGGUGGCCGGCGGCGUGUCGUCCGACGACCUGACCAAGGCCAUCGCCAAGGCCAAGUACGAGCAGGCUGCGGCGCUUGAGUCGAGCCGCCUGGCCAGCCACGAGGCCGUGGCGGGCCAGCUGCUCGAGGGCGGCAAGGUGGCGUCGCUCGACGACAAGGUGGCCCAGCUCGAGGCCGUCUCCAAGGACUCGCUCGCCAAGGUCGUCGAGAAGCUCGUCGGCAAGAGCGCCAAGCCCACCACGGUCGCCAUUGGCAACGUCCACGUCCUCCCCUACGCCGACGAGGUCCUCUAA